AGGACUGUCCCAGCAAUACCACCAACAGCACCAGCAGCACCGGCAACAGUGGCAGUGCUACCAGUGUGAGCAGCACCACUGGGGAGACAAGCAAGUGAGUGUGGGAUGAAGAAAUAGGUUGGCAACUUGGGGAUGGGAAAUAACUGCAUCCAUUGGAGAAACAACCAGAAAGGGGAGGCGGGGGUUCUCUUAAGACUGCUGACUUUUAGUAAUGGCUCCACUGGGUCAUGAGAAUAAUGGUGACUUGGUUUAAUGAUCUUUAGUCUUCACUUUCCAGUGUAGAUUUGUGGAUCAGUCCUAGCAUCGAUAUGUUUCAUUUGAAUAAAAUAGCAAGAGGACCUCUGAUUUGGAAAUACCAGCUUUUGCUUGGCUUUAGGGGGAAAAAUGGCCGCUUCAGAUGCCUGACAGCAUUCAGGGCCGUGUGAAGAAGAGGAGUCGGAGCCAUAGUAGAAGCAGGGAUAGAAAGCGCAGUCGUAGUCGAGACCGGGAUCGGCAUAGACGGAGAAACAGUCGGAGCAGAAGUCGGGAUCGUCAGCGUCGUCACCGCAGCCGUAGCUGGGAUCGUCGCCAUAGUAGUGAGUCACGAAGUCGGGACCGACGUCGUGAGGAUCGUGUGCAUUACAGGAGUCCUCCACUUGCCCCUGGGCGGAUGUAUGGACACAGUAAGAGUCCUCAUUUCAAAGAGAAGAGCCCAGUCAGGGAGCCAAUUGAUAAUCUGAGUCCUGAGGAACGUGAUGCUCGCACAGUUUUCUGUAUGCAGUUAGCUGCACGCAUUCGGCCUCGAGACCUAGAGGACUUUUUCUCUGCUGUUGGCAAGGUUCGUGAUGUGCGUAUUAUCUCAGAUCGGAACUCCCGUCGUUCUAAGGGCAUUGCCUAUGUGGAAUUCUGUGAAAUCCAGUCUGUGCCACUGGCCAUUGGGCUGACUGGACAACGGCUGCUGGGAGUGCCUAUCAUUGUACAGGCUUCACAGGCUGAGAAAAACCGACUGGCUGCCAUGGCCAACAAUCUGCAGAAGGGCAGUGGUGGACCAAUGCGCCUGUAUGUGGGUUCCCUGCACUUCAAUAUUACUGAGGACAUGCUCCGGGGCAUCUUUGAGCCCUUUGGCAAAAUUGAUAAUAUCGUUCUGAUGAAGGACUCAGAUACAGGCCGCUCUAAAGGUUAUGGUUUCAUUACAUUCUCUGACUCUGAGUGUGCCCGGCGGGCCCUGGAACAGUUGAAUGGCUUUGAGCUUGCUGGUCGACCUAUGAGGGUUGGCCACGUGACUGAGCGACUGGAUGGUGGCACAGACAUCACUUUUCCUGAUGGGGACCAGGAGCUGGAUCUGGGAUCAGCAGGUGGACGUUUGCAGCUCAUGGCCAAAUUGGCAGAAGGUUCUGGAAUCCAGCUACCAACCGCAGCUGCAGCUGCUGCUGCUGCUCAAGCUGCUGCCCUGCAACUGAAUGGAGCAGUUCCCCUGGGGGCCCUAAACCCAGCAGCUCUGACUGCUCUGAGUCCAGCCCUGAACCUUGCCUCCCAGGCAAUCGCCUCCCAGUGCUUCCAGCUCUCCAGCCUCUUUACCCCGCCGACCAUGUAAAUCAGUGGCACAGUAUGCUGCUUCUCUGUGCCUCUGGGUCCUGCCACUCGCUUCUCCACAUCUACUCUUCCAUGGCCCUAUCUCUCCAUUUUGUGGACCAAGCCAUUCUGAGGGCAUGGACAUUAACUCUGAGGGAAUUGCGGCCACCCUUAGAUACCAUGAAGAGCUCCUGCCCAUGGCCCCACUGGAAAUGGACUCUGCUGAGCAAAGCCCCCAGUUGAAGAGAACAGAAUCUACACCUACAUUGAAUACCUGUUUCUCCCUGUGUUUCGUCUCCAAGAUGACUUUCUUGCCCUUUCCUGUCACCUUAGUGAUUCCAUGAUUCCUCCCCCAUUGGGAAGGCCAUAGGACAUUAACUGAAGGAACUAACCUCUCUCCUUUUUCUAUACCUUUUACCCUAAAAUCUGUCAGGGACCUCAGAAUCAAGAGGACUUUGGAGUUUGGAGGGUGGACCUUGAAGGUGCUGGCUUUCUGCUGCAAGGGCCCUGGAAGAUAGCAUGGACAUAUGCAUUGUGAAGCUUUCCUUAGACCUCAGCUUGGUACAGCUUGAGGCCAGAAACUACUGUAGGCUCAGCAUCUUGCUGGGAGGCAUGGGAGUGAUCUAUCCUGCCAGGCAUUUUGGAUGCCUUUAGGGGAUUUCAGAAGUUUAGUAAAAGGUGGGGCACCUUUCCAGUAUCUUCCAACUUCCUUGUACUUCUUCCCAGUACAAGUAUACUUGUACUUCCUCCCAGGUUGUCCCCCCUUUGGCCCAGGGUGGGAGGAUGGAGGGAGGCUGCUACUCUCUACCACUUCCUGUGUACCUCUACUAUGGCCUCAACCCUGGCAGUUAAAGCUGUUCCCAUCUCCUACUUGGGCACGUGUGAGCCCUUCUCACUGGAUUUUAUACCCUGUGUCUGUGUACAUAAAUAUACAUAUAUAUAUAUAUAUAUAAAAACUUUGUACAAAAAGCAAGCCCCCUUAUGGUGGUGGCUGCUGCCCAUAUGUGUGUGGUCUCUGUUGGUAUGUCUGUCUGAUGUUAACUUCUCAUGAGCCAAAACCAUGAUGGUUCUAGGAAUAUAAAACAUUUGUAAUAC